UUGGAAGUACGUCUCCACCAACUCCCCACCUUUUCUGCUUUGACUAUUGCGUAUGCAGAUCUCAAAAAUCUUCACGUCCUCUCCAUCCAUACCCCUUUUCAGCUUUUCUCUUCAACACUCUCCCUCUUCUCCGGAGGUAAAUCUUUCAAAGAUUUUUCUUACAUUGCCAAAAGCAAUUUUUUUGGCCGAUUUCGCUUCAACAGCAAAAGGGAGGGGGCGAUGCUGGCGAAUCGAACGGCUGUGUCGGCAUGUGGAGACGGCUAUGCCGGCGGCGUCAGAGUCGCGGAGGCGGCGAACGACGGAGAGGGUCUGUUGCGGCCCGACGAUGUUACCCAGUUGUGUUCCUCAUCAUCCUCCAUGGAUGCUCAGCUCCUCAACCUUCGAUUUGCUCUCGCGUCUUGGGGUUGCUUCCAGGUUAUUUUUUUCUUGAAUCUAGACUUGCAAUGUUUUAUCUAUUUGCUUUUAGGAUGAACACGAGGUGUUUUUGUGGUAAUAGGGAAGUUAACUGGGGCUUAAGUUUGUAAUUAUUUUAAACUGCAACAGGUAAAACGGAUAUAGAAAACCAAAGUUAGAAGAUUAUGAUGUAGAAAGCCAAAUUUUAUAUAGUAGCAUGCAGUUGCUUGGAUAACUAUCAACAUAUGCUUUUCUUUGCUUAGAUGAUGUGGCUUUUGGUUCGUUUUUCUUGGAUAAUGCAUAUAGGCUCAACAAAAUGAGGGUGGCCCUGUGGAACAAUUUUGCCAGUGUGCACAUUUCCACCCUAAAAAUAGAAUAUAUAAUAUGUAACAUUAGAUUAUAAAACUGCUAGCUCCGUGUUAAUUCGGCUAUUUUUCUUUAGAUCUGUGCUUUAAACAUCGGCGCCACAGAACAUAGAUUUUUGUUACUCUUUGUGGUUUUGUGUUCUUGGCGAUUUUCCAAUUGGGCUCUAUUUGUCGAAUAUUUUGAUUUUUGUUGUUUUAUAUAUAUUUAGUGUCAGUUUGUGUGUUGUGAUGAUGUAAUAUAUCUGGUCUAGAGUUUCUGAUCUUGCAUUUGAAGACUAACUCUUGGCUGUCUGACAUUACUUGAGAAAAAUCAAAUUUUUUUGUUGCUCCUUUAAUUAUUUUUCAGGACUUGUACUGAAAACAAUUGUUAUUGUAGUGGAUUUAUGUUAGAUAAUAACUAAUGUUUUGAUCAAUGAUCUGAUUGUUACAAGCUCAAUCUAAUGCCCCCCUUGAUUUCUUUAAUUAAUAUUAUUGCUAUUAUUGUUUUUAGUUGAUCUGGUUCUUUAUUAUUCUUCUCUAUUGAUCUUUCUAUAUCCUGUUUAUCUAAAUAUUCCUUUGGUAAUAUGGUUGAACAUGGAAGACUUCAUUUGUUUCUAAUGGAUAGUGGGAAGCUGAGACAUUGAAAAGAAUGAGGUGAGGAGGCAAACAAUUUUCUUCUGCAUAGGUUCCCGAUAAUGUGCCUGCGUUAUUUUUGUUAGAGUAGGGUACCCGGCG